AUUUCAGACCCCGCAGAGACAUCUGUGACCAUGCAGUUGAACUACUGUUCGCUCGCAACCUGACACCUUUGGCGACGAACGGUGUCUGUCUACGGUUGCUCUGCUGUCAUCGGGCAGCUGCCUGCCUGCGUAAAAACUCAGCCAGCGAUUGGGUGCUACGAGUCUAGUUGGACGACGGUGGAACACUUAAUUUUAAUUUUUCGCACAAAUUGUGCACCCUCGGCAAAUCCAAUCGGUAUCUUCCGGUCGCGGAUUGCUUCCAGUCGGUUGUGAGCAUAGUGUACGGUCGGAAGCUAAGUGCGAUUGGAACUAAAAAGGCUUAUGAUUGUGUAGUGUUUGGAGUUUUCUUCGGUACGCAAGGCGAGAGGAAAAAGUUCCACAUCAAAAUCUCUUCCACCAAGAAGAUUCCUCUUCUCUCGAGUUUGUGUGUUUGAGUGUGUGCACAUCGGUGAGGUGCUUUAUGAGAUGUGCGAACGAUAUUAUUCAUGCUUGUAAUAUGUGAUUGUGCUUCGCCAUCAAAACAGCAGGAAAUAAACAUUGUUCGUGGCCAAAAAGUGUAUCGGCUGUUACUCUCCGGUUGAGUAAGAGUGAUGUACAGCUAUGGCCAGCGCCGGGAAUGAGAAGAAUGAUGCUUUCUGGUCACCAGAGCACGUCGUACAUUCGACGCCGAAUCAGCAGCAAUUUAUUGCCCCGGACGGGUCUAUUCCGGCUGCUUCCAAUAGUUACUUCCAUCCUAACGCAGCCGGUGAUCAUCAUGGGAUGAGUUAUGGUCAUCCUCCACCGGGGGAUAACAAUUUCACCGUCUUGUCGGAUGGUUACGGUAACUUCAUCAAGGUCUACCAUCCGCCGACUGAGGAUGUACAUUUGAACAAUCCUGCUGGAAAGUACGAGUACGAGCUGUUCUCGAGCAACAACAGCUACAUGCGACCUGCUCCGGGAUUCGGGUUUCUGUUUCCCCAACAACAGCAGCAGCAGCCGCCGUCGCAACAGCAACCACCAUCUGUUCCGAAGGCUACCAAUGCUUCCCAGCAUAUGCAGCAGAAUGCACAAUCGGAAGCACCCGAAACCAACACCAGCAUGUUGAUAAACCAGCUGGUCGGAAACUGGGCUCCCACCAUCUCCGGGACUUACUCCCCUUUUGGAGGGGGUGGUCCCUCGUUGCUUGCCGAAGGGCUUCCUCGAUCUUCUGAAGAUUUCGUUCAUCAACAACAGCAGGUGCAGCAACAACCAGUACAGCAGAUUCCUCAGCAGCAGCAGCAUCAUGUGCACCCACAGCAACUACAGAAUCAGACCCAACAAGAACCGCAACCAUCUCCUGUACACCAACCGGUUACCAACAACAACUCCUCGGUGAGUUCUUCUCAACCACCGCCGCCUCAACAGCAGCAAGUAGCUGCUGCGGCUAACGUCUCCGCGACGGCCAGCUACAACAGCCAGCUCAACGAUGACAACAGCGCAAAACUGAACCAGAACGUGAAAAAACAACGCAUCGUGGCCGAAGUGAAACCCAUGCGAAUGUCCUAUUCAGAUGUACUGAGCAAGAAUGUCGCUGCUGCUGCUUCAUCGGCUGCAACCAACUUGUCCUCAACUUCAGGAACCUCCGCUCUGAACGGUGGUAGUGCUAUCGGUAACGUUUCUUCCGGAAAGUCGAAUGUGUCUAACAAUGCGGGGCAUUCCGGCGGUGGUAAUGGCGGAUAUUCAUCCGGUGGAGGCGGAGGCGGAGGCGGUAAGUCAAGUAAAGGAGACAAGUCGCAAAAUAAGAAGAUCCCAAUUCAACAUGGAGGAUCAAGUAUGUCGGAUGAUAAGGCCAACAGGAAAAUUGAACGUAAUUCGGCUUCUGGUGUUGCGAAGAAAACGGCUUAUCCGAAUGGUUCAAACGCGUCGGCCAACUAUCACUACGUGGAGAACUCUUCGGUUCACAAGAAUACGGUGGGACAAAGCGGUACUGAAAAGACUGCUAGGAAGAUGGAAAAACCAGCGACGAAGACUGUGAAGGGUCGGCCCAACGAAUCGCUGGGGUCGAAUCCCUCUUCCGGACGUAAGAAUCGUUCUCGUAAUUUCAACGACGAGUACACGGUGCAGGACGUACAUGGUAACGACGCCGCGAUCAACAAGGACAGCACACGAGAGGAUACCGAAGACUUAGAAGAUGAAGACGAUGACCAUGAGGAUGAAGACGAGGAAGAUUCGGAAGAGUACGACGACGAUUCCACGCAACCGCAGCAAUCCUUCAUGUAUAAUGUGAAGAAAAAUAACAACCCAAACGAUACUCACGUCGAGAAGAUCUCCGGCUCGCGAUCAACUUACAAACGGGGAGGACGAGGAUCCGGAGCGGGUCGUACGAAGCUGGAAAAAUCCUACCAACAGCCUACUGUGAAACGAGGACAAAAACCGCGUAAGAAUCAGAACUAUGCGAUGAUUCAGAAGAUUUUAAACACGUGGUUCGAGUUGAUGGUCUUCGCCGUAACCUGGCUGUGGUCCUUGGUUAGCGAUGUGGUAUAUCUGAGCUUCCGGUUGUGCUGGGACUAUCUGGUUGCCGGCUAUCAGUACUGCGAGCAACACUUCCUGUGUAUCAAACAGGAGUUUCGACAGAAUCGACCGGGAACGUGGUUCAAAGGCGUAUGGAAAUCGUUCGAUAAUCGCUUUGCCAAGGACUCCAAGUGGGCAUUCUGGCGGGGCAAGAAAAAGUCGGCCCCCGUCGAAGAACAAAUGUCUUCCGGAAAGAACUACUACAAAGACGGCCGAUUGCCGUCGACUGCGGACGAAGCAAUGUCAUCGCUGUUGAACUGUAAAGGCAAAGAUGCGUACAGUAUUCUCGGUGUGAGCGCAGAUUGCUCGCAAGAGCAAAUUCGGAAGCACUACAAGAAGAUCGCCGUCCUGGUGCACCCGGACAAGAACAAACAACCCGGAGCGGAGGAAGCCUUCAAGGUGUUGCAGCGAUCGUUCGAGUUGAUUGGGGAACCGGAGAAUCGCAAAUCCUACGAUCAAAGUCUCGCCGAAGCUUUGAACGCGGAGAAGGCAUGGUCGGAAAUCAACGAUUUGCUGACGCAGCUGCAAACAAAAAUCUCAGAAGCCGCUAAUACUAUAAGAUGUAGCAGCUGCUGCCUCAGACAUCCACGAAAUCCGACCGGACGACCCCAUUAUGCCGCCAGGGAAUGUAACUCGUGCAAGAUUCGACAUUCCGCUAGGGAGGGUGACAUUUGGGCCGAGACGAGCUUCUUCGGACUGCGCUGGAAGUAUCUGGCCAUGAUGGAGGGUAACGUGUACGACAUUACCGAGUGGGCCAACUGCCAGAAGGGGGCGCUGUCGCACCUGCAACCCAACUCGCACAUUGUCCAGUAUCGGAUAGUGCUCGGAGGAAACUCGCAACAGCAGCAGCAACAGGGUAACCAGCAGCAAAGCGACAAGGACCCGGCACGCUCCCGGAAGGAUGCCCCGUCGAGUGAACCCAAUCUGGACGACUUCCUGAACAAUAUCUACGGUGGUCAGAACCAGCAGCAGCAACAACAAACACAGGGUGGAACUCGGCGGCGACAUCGGCGCAACUAGAAUCCUUCGUUCUCGCACUCUCUCCGCUCCGAUUAGUAGUAUAACAAACCUACGCGUAGUUUGCAUCGUAGUAGAGAUUAUCAACCAGUGUUUAAUAGUUUUUAAUUUUGCAUAGCAUAUAACAUAUUUCCUUCCGCUAAACAAUAGGGCAUAUACCUACCCCGGAAAAAGAAUCACUCGCUAAAUUUAAGAAACAAUAGAAGCCAGUACAAAGCAGUUAUUGGAAUCCCGCUCCCUGGAUGAGAUGAUAAAAAUCAGAUUUAUCAUUUGGCCGCUCAUUACCCCAGAAAAAAAAACUUAAUUAACCUAAUCCGAUAACCGGAAGAGAAAUAUAUUUAUGCAACCUAGCAAGUAGAGCAGCGCUACUAGCCGUGUAGUAGAGUAGGACGUUCAGAUAUUUAUCGUAUACAGUUCUCUGCGUAACAAAGCAACCGAAAGGGUCAGCGCCCGUUUCACUCGAUUCUAUAUCGUCUUGAGAGAGAGAAAAGAAUAUCGCCGUAUCAUUCUAUUCUUGAAAUGCUGAAAUAAAUAAUGUGAUGAAUGAAA